GUAGUGCAAAAAACGGGGGAGACGGAAGGGAGGCCAAACGUCCUUUAAUUUUCUCCAUCUCUUCUCUUUUAUUUCGUCUCUCUUGUCACCCAGGUUCGUCAUUCUCUCUGCUUUCUGUGGAUUUCAGCUCAUCCUCUGGACUGAUGAUAAAGAUGAACUACUCGAGAUUUUUGACAAAAUUGUCUCAGAAUCGCCAGCCCUCGUUGAUACGAGAAUUAACGAACUUGCUUACCGAUGCAUCACCGGAAUUGGUGUUCAUGGCAGGGGGAUUGCCAAACCCUCAGAUGUUCCCGUUUCAAGCUGCUUCUGUAACCAUGAAGGAUGGCCGAGCGAUCACAAUUCACCCAAAGCUUAUGACAGACUGUUUGCAGUACGGCCCGACAGCUGGGUACCCACCAUUGGUUAAGAAGCUGAAGUCCUUAACGGAAAGACUCCAUGCACCACCACGAUGGGCUGAUAGUGACCUCAUUGUUACAGCAGGAAGCCAGGAUGGUUUGUGUAAGGCACUGGAAAUGAUGAUUGAGCCAGGGGAUUUUGUUGUGACUCAAGAACCAUGUUACACUGGUACUCUGUCGAUUCUAAACCCCUUUGAACCACGUUAUGUAGCAGUGCAGUGUGAUCAUGAAGGCAUGAAUCCUAAAGCCUUAAAAGAAGCCUUGUCCCAGUGGAAGCCAGAAGAAAUUAGAGAUGUCAAGACAGGAGUUCCGAAAGUACUGUACAUCAACCCAAAUGCUUGCAACCCAACUGGAGUAUCUGUUGGCGAGAAACGACGGAGGGAAAUAUAUGAAAUUGCCUCUGAAUACAAUCUUAUUAUUCUUGAAGAUGAUCCAUACUACUUUGUGCAGUUUGGAAACUUAAAGGACUUCCCUCCUAGUUUUCUCAGUAUGGAUACAGAAGGGAGAGUUAUAAGGUUUGAUUCCUUUUCCAAAGUUCUAAGCUCAGGACUUCGACUGGGCUAUGUAACUGGGCCAAAACCACUUGUGGAGAGGAUUGUCUUACACAAGCAAGUUUCGAUUCUACAUGCAUCUUCCAUGUCUCAGGUACUGAUCAGUGAGCUGUUUGAGAUGUGGGGAGAGGAUGGAUUCCUGAAGCACACAGAAGCAGUUCAGGAGUUUUACUUGAAGCAGAGAGAAGCCAUGUUGAAGGCAGCAGAAAUACACCUUACAGGUCUAUGUGAAUGGGCUGUUCCAACAGGUGGAAUGUUCCUCUGGAUCAAGGUUCCUGGUGUGAGUGAAACGUGGGAAAUGAUCCUGAAUAGAGCUUUGAAAAAGGAUGUUAUUCUUGUACCUGGCAGGGCAUUUAUGUGUGACCCUACCAGACCUUGUUCAUAUAUGAGAGCUGCAUUUUCCAUUGUCACUCCAGAGAAGAUGGAUAAGGGUCUAAAGAAUUUGGCUGAGUUGAUACAAGAAGAACUGGAACUUCAAAAAGCUUAAGUGAAAGAAUUUCAACUUACAUUUGCUUCAAGACCAAGUUGAACUUUUGUUCAGAAGAUGGUGUUCUGUCAUAAAAUGAUACAAUUUUUUCUU